AUGGCACCAAGCGCCCAGCCAGACGAUGCUAAGUCGAGCCUCCCUUCAAAUCCAGAUCACUUGAAAUUUAAGAGGCAGAUUGAGAUCGAAGGCCCUAACAGUACGGCAAAAGAUCCUCAUUACCUACCCACCUGGAAUCCAACGCAAAAAUACCCACCUCUCGAACCAUUCGAGUACGUUGAGCGCGGUAAAGAUGCCGACCCAAGUUUCAAAGACCUGUUGUUGGAAGGAUCUACUCUCGAAGAUAUCACACCAUCAAUGGGAUCCGAAAUUCAUGGUGUUCAGCUUUCCAAGUUAACGAAUGCUGGAAAAGACCAACUCGCUUUGCUGGUCGCCCAGCGGAAAGUAGUUGCAUUCAGAGAUCAAGACUUUACAGAACUCCCCAUCAAGCAGGCUCUAGAUUUUGGCGGCUACUUUGGCCGGCAUCAUAUUCAUCCAACAUCCGGAUCACCGGAAGGAUAUCCCGAAAUGCACAUCGUUCACCGGGGUCCUCAUGACACAACUUUUGAUACUCUGUUUGAAAACAGACUCACCAGCACAUCAUGGCACUCCGAUGUAUCCAAUGAAAAGCAACCACCUGGAAUCACCUUUCUAUAUGCUCUUGAAACGCCUAAAGUGGGUGGCGAUACAGGAUUUGCUAAUUUGGCAGAAGCCUACAAUCGUCUUUCUCCGGCUAUCAAAGAAAGGUUGCACGGCUUAGAAGCUGUGCACUCUGGAUUUGAGCAAGCAGAAGGCAGUAGAAAGAAAGGAGGUGUUGUAAGGAGAGAGCCAGUUGCAAGUGUACACCCACUUGUGAGAACGCAUCCUGCUACUGGGGAGAAAGCACUGUUUGUGAACACUGGAUUUACUCGUAAUAUAGUAGGUCUCAAGAAGGAGGAGAGUGAUGCUUUACUCAAGUUUCUUCUUGAUCACAUUUCUAAUGGGGGAGACUUUCAAGCAAGGGUCUCAUGGAAACCACGCACCGUCGUAGUCUGGGAUAAUCGCGUUACAUCUCACACUGCUCUCUUAGACUGGUCAUCUGCAGCUUCUCGACGCCAUUUAGCCAGGAUUACACCUCAGGCAGAACAACCAUAUGAGACUCCCUAUGUAAAAUAA